CCCGUGUACCUCUCUUUUAAUCUCUCAUUCUUCUCUCCCUCACUCAUCUCAUUCACCCUUUCUCCCUCUCUUUGCCGAACACACACACACCCGCACACCUACAAUAACAACCAGACUGCACCACCACCUUCCCUUGUAAUCCCUGUGAGUUCUUGAACCAGAAAAGAGGAGAAAAAUCAUUUAAAAACUCCCUCCCCGCGCUGCACAGUGCGGUUACUGUACAAGGAACUUCUCCGGCGAAUUCUUGCCAUUUUCGGCCAAGGAACUCGGAAAACACAAGAUAAGUCACUGUUCAUUUCUGGAAAACUGAAACCGUGGUCGUUUGGCCACCUUCCUACCAUUUUUCCAGCCAACUCCAAUCUUCGUUGAGCCUUCUAAGGAAUCAGCUCUUGAAGUUGGGAGGAAAAAUCUGGAAAAAAUUCCAGAAAAUCGUGGGGUGGUGCGUGGUGACUAGGGCCGCCGCCUCGUGGCGGCACGUGGGGAACCCGAGAUCCCUCCUUAGGUGCAUUGGUUGGAAGUGAUCUCAUCCUCCCUAGUUCGAUCAGCUCCCCGGUAGCAGAAUAUUUGUGUCGGCCAACACGUGCCCAUCCUGGUAUUUGGUGAAUAUCAGAAUCGAGGCGUGUCAUGAGCCGGGGGUUUAGGGUUUUAGAGUGCCUUUUUAAGGAUAGAUGUAUUUAUGUUUUCUUUCUAGGUGAUGCUAGAGAGAAGGAAACCACACAUGCACAUCAUGUGAUCUCUGAAACGCGGGCCGUAAUAGACCUACAUGUGGACCAGCUGUGGAGUUAACCCUUGCUCUAUUGGUUUGGUGAUACCUAAAUAUGGUAUAAAAAGCUGGAAUUAGGGUUUAUGACUAGAUUCUGGGAGCUAAUGAAUUAGGGUUCAUUGUGGGGUCAUAGAAUUUUUUUUUUUCUUGUUUUUUGGGUUUGAUCCGAAAUUUUUGGGUCAUGCCGUCAUGGAAAACAUUAAUUAAUCUGGCCGUUGGAUGAAACCUGGAACCUAUAACUCACAAAAAUCACACCAUGUAUAGGACCUUCGUCUUCCUCACCCACUCGUUCUAUAAUCCUCGUCAGAAUUAUCUGGCGCUAUCGAGAAAAUAGACGAGGACUAAGACAUGCUGGCGCCGAAGGAGACGAACGAGGACUUGGCUCUCCCCGACGAUGCGUGCCCCGUUCUCAACGUCGGCGAGGAGAAGGAGAUCGGCAUGCAGGGCUUGGAGAAGAAGAAUAACAGCGUCAACGAGGUUGAAGUUGUAGAUGGGCGUUGGCAGAGACCACCUUUGGAUAUCAUGGAGAAUAUCGUACAACGCCUCGACUUACUUGAUCGGAUUCGCUUAAGCAUCCUCUGCAAGUCCUGGAGAAUGAUUGUUAUGCAAAUUAUCCGCAGUGCUCCGCCAUUCCCAUGGUUAGUAGGCCCAUCUGAAGCAGCUUCCUGGCUAUUAUUUGGAACUCAACCGAGUUCCAGUUACUUAGAGUUCUCCAUCCCACCUGAAGGUAGAGUCAUCAAGCUAGGGUUGCCUAAGCGAAAUCAAGGGUGCUUUCAUAGUUCCUCCAAAGGUUGGUUGAUAAUGGUCAAUGAAGAACACUCUGAAGUAUUUCUACUAAACCCUAUUUCAGGAGCCAAACACGAACUUCCUUCCUUGAGAAGAAUCCCAUAUUUCAAGAAAUUUGGUGGAAAAGCCGACCGAUUUGUUGACAAAAUUGCACUAUCGAGUUCAAAUCUAUCAGAAUGUACGGUGGCAGCAAUUUUUUCUUCUGGGGAAAUUGGUGUGUGCAGGCCAAAAAAAGGUUGGAAAAUAUCUCGGAUGUGGGAUAGAAAAACGUGUCCUUCAUGCCUACUGUUUUCGUCUUGUGGCAUGCUAUAUGUCUUAGUCGAAAACACUGUCAAAAACAGUAAGUCUGGACACGUUGUAACUCGCACAUUAUGCCUCGGAGAUGGUGAUGAGCUGGAAUUGAAGUUGGUUUAUGACAAAGAAAAAUCACGAAAGGGUUCAUUCAACUGCUGGGGUGAAGGUGACUUUUUGGAUGUCAAGGUCAAAGACGAGUCAUAUUUGAUAGAAUCAACAACCAGCAACGAAGUCUUGUUGAUCCGUCAAAUAAAGGAUCAAAUGAAAACCGAUUUGAAUACCUGGACAAGGACUCAUGAUUUUCUAGUUUACAAGAUCGAUCCGGAGAAUGGUGAAAGCUUUAUCGAGGUACAGAGUUUGGGGAAUCAAAUAUUAUUUGUAACAAGCCGAGGCUGUUCCUUUUCCUUUCCAGUGAGUAAUUCCAACGGGUCGGAAGCAAACUGCAUUUAUUUUGUGGAGUUAGGAGGAAUUGACCACGACGACAUGUUUUGUGUUGAGAAUUCUGGACAUAGUAGAACCACCAUGUGUGAUUUUUCUCAUCCUUUCUACUUAGAUGGCCGGAAAUUUGGAAGAUCCAAAAAAUUUUAUGAUAGUAUUGAAACUGAAUUCACUUGGGGAGUGAGUUGGUACAGUCCGAGUUUACAGUAGCUUGGCUGGAAAAUUGUGUUCCUUUUGUUUCAGUGCAUGCUACUAGUAUGUACUAUUUAUCUUCUUUUACCAGUGUUGUAUUUUGCAAUUCAUAAAGUUAUGUAAGUACUACUGUUUCUUGUUGGAAGUGAUUUCCGAAAACGUAGUUUCUCCUCUUUUAAGUUGCAAACCA